AUGGACGGCAACCUCACGGCCUUUGAAGAUAUUUUGGGAACCUGCGAGCGGCUGCUCAGGACGCCCAUCCCCCUCAGCUACACCAGGCACACGAGCCGCUUCCUGGUGAUCUGGCUGGCGCUGCUGCCCUUCACCCUGUUCGGCUCCCUCGGGCUCGCCACGCCGCCGCUGUGCCUCAUGAUUGCGUUCCUCCUCCUGGGGAUCGAGGAGAUCGGGGUGAGCAUUGAGGAGCCGUUCUCGAUCCUGGCGCUCGAGGCCGUCUGCGACUCGGCCACAAACAACGUCCGGGAGCUCCAGGCGCAGUAUACCGGCGAUGACGUCACCGGCGAUGACGUCACCAGCGGGCAGGCUUCGGCGCAGCCGCGGCCGCGCCGCCCGGUCGCGGCGGCGCUGAUGGUCGCGAUUGGAGCUGCGGAUGACUCGCUGAACUCUGUCACAGAUGUGACGGUGCAGGCGCGGACGCGCAACCUGCGCGUCCGAUCCAGCGCGUCCCGCAUGCCCUGA